AUGCGACGUGGAACGUUGCCGGACGCAUCCUUGAGAUACCCAGACUCCUCAAGCCUUGAGCACCAUGAUAUGGCAACUUACUUGGCUUAUACCGCGCGCACUGGCUUGGAUACCGGCUCGACAACUUACGUUGGAACGCAUUUCGAAUACACCGUAGGUAUGGCACUCGAAAAAUUAGGAUUCACUCUGAGGCGCAUAGGGGGCACGUCUGACCAUGGCAUUGAUCUGCUCGGCACGUGGACAGUGCCCUCUGCCGCUCAUCCCCUACGCGUCAUGGUACAAUGCAAAGUCUCCGCGCAGAAAACCUCCAUCGGUCCUCACCAAGUACGCGAGCUGGAAGGCGCAUUCGUCGGAGCACCUCCUGGCUGGCGCGGCUCCGGUGUAAUCGGCUUUCUGGUCACGCAGAAAACUGCCACGAAGGGUAUUCGGGACUCUCUGGGUCGCAGCCGAUGGCCUAUGGGUUUUAUAUCCUGUUCCCCCGACGGCAAGCUGCAACAGAUGCUAUGGAAUCGCAGAGCUGAAGACGAAGGCCUCGCUGGUUUGGGAGUAGGCAUUCGUCUCCCUGAAGAGGUUGGCAACGAACGAGAGUUGGCUUUGGUAUGGCAAGGCAGGCCGAUAUCUACAAGUCCUUCGUCUUAA